AUGGCUAGUGAUGAUGCCGUCCGAGCUGGAAACGGUUCUAUACAUCACGUGAAAAACGGUAAAACAAACGGGUUUCAUCACCACAAAAAUGGACACAAGAGUAAUGGAAAGAAUGGCGAUGCGAAAAAGAUGGCUGAUUGGCAGGAUGAUUUCUGGGAAUCAUUCGAGGAGACUCCAAUCAUUGCUGCCAUAUACACGUAUUUCUGCUUUGGACUGCUCGUGGUUUUUGGACACAUCCGUGACUUUUUAAGAAAUAUUGGACUAGAAAAGAUAAAAUCAUGCACAGAGCCAAAGCUCCCUGGUUUCGUUCCGCUGUAUCAGAGCUGGGAGAGUUUUUAUACCAGGAAUAUAUAUCGCCGUAUACGUGACUGUUGGAACAGACCUGUAGCAAGUGGUGCUGGGGCUGAAUUAGAUGUUGUGGAAAGGGUGUCUAAUGACAAUGGCUGGAAUUUUACAAAUACUGGCAAAACGAUUCGGGUGAUGAAUUUGGGAUCCUACAAUUAUCUUGGAUUUUCUCAAAAUUAUGGUCCAUGUGCAGAUGCUGCUGAAGAAUCUACCAGAAAAUAUGGAAUGUCUUUUUGCAGCAGCCCUCAGCAGUUAGGUUACUCUGAAUUACACAAGGAACUUGAUGAACUUGUUGCCAAAUUUGUUGGCGUAGAAGCAGCAUUUACCUUGCCCAUGGGGUUUGCAACUAACUCAAUGAAUAUGCCUUGUCUUGUUGGUAAGGGAAGUUUGAUUCUGAGUGAUUCGCUGAAUCAUGCCUCAUUGGUGCUAGGAUCCAGACUGAGUGGAGCCACUAUUAGAACCUUCAAACACAACAAUAUGAAUGAUUUGGAGGAUAAACUGCGUACAGCUGUGAUUGAGGGUCAGCCAAGAACACGCCGACCCUGGAAAAAAAUCUUGAUUGUGGUGGAAGGAGUUUACAGUAUGGAGGGGUCCAUUAUCCGCCUCCCAGAUGUAAUCCGACUGAAAAAGAAGUACAAAGCCUACAUCUACUUAGAUGAAGCUCACAGCAUUGGUGCACUGGGACCAAAUGGAAAAGGUGUGGUCGACUACUUUGGGCUUGACCCUCGUGACAUUGACAUUAUGAUGGGGACAUUUACGAAGAGCUUUGGUGCAGCUGGAGGCUACAUUGGUGGGUCCAAGAAAUUGGUGCAGCAUUUGCGAGUGAACUCUCAUGCCGCAAUUUAUUCCACCUCCAUGUCUCCAUGUGUCACGCAGCAAGUCAUUUCCUCUAUGAAGAUUGUGAUGGGACUAGACAACACACUGGAAGGAAAACGAAAGAUUCAACAGCUGAAGUGGAACACGAGGUACUUCAGACACAGACUUCACAAAAUGGGCUUCAUCAUUUAUGGAAACAAAGAUUCCCCUGUGGUACCACUGCUGAUGUUUAUGCCUACAAAAGUUGCAGCAUUCGCACGUAUGUGUCUUGAUCGAGGCUUGGGUGUAGUUGUGGUAGGUUUCCCAGCAACACCCAUCAUUGAAUGUCGAGCCAGAUUCUGUGUUUCAGCUGCUCACACCAAAGAACAGUUGGACAAGGCCUUGGCUAUCAUCAAUGAGAUGGGUGAUCUUCUCGGCCUGAAAUAUUCCACAAUGCCGGUGCCCCCGCACGAUGAAACAGACAUCCAGCUGGUGGAGUGAAGAUGGUAUUCACGAUCUCUCCGUUACUAACUGUGCUUCAUAUGAUUGGACUUCAAAGCUGAUGGUGGAAUGUUGUUCUGUUAUUUGGAUUUUGUUCUGAAGUGAGCUCUUUCUGUAAAUAAAUUGAUCUCACAGUUCAUUCAUCAUUAUAACUGAAUUUUGAUUUUGACAAUUCAAGAGGAGAAGUCAUGGAUGGAAAAUAAGCUUCUUCAUCAAGUCAUCACCAUGUUCUGUUGGAUCUUGGUUUUAUAACUUAAUUAUAACUAAGGUUCUGUUCAAUGGCAACCAGGUCCUCAGACUGACAUCUAAAGUGAAACACAUUCAUUUCUACACCAUUGUAUAUUUGAAAACCGGACAAGACGUCAGUGAAGUUGCAUGUGUCUAUGUGUUCAAUUUUUUUUUUAUCACAGAAUGAAAGACAAAAGUGUUAUUUUUACAUGUGCUUAUUGGAGACACAUAUGCCUUUUGAGUGUGAAUCUGCAUCCUUUGUACUAAAACACACGUGUGGAUUAUCAUAUGUGGCUUUGUGAUGUGUGCACCUGAAGUUUUUAUCUUUAUUUUAACGAGACACAAUUCUUGAUUCUUCUGAAAAUGAAAGUAUCUGAAGUUUUGGUUUGUUGUUUUGCUGGGUAGAUUAAGUUUGAGAAUGAGGCUAGACUGGAAUGUUGGUUGUGAAACGAUGCUGUGAUUAAGGCUGUGUUUGAAAGUGAGGUUGAAAGAGAAUGAGGCUGUGCAUGAGAGUGAUGCCAUUUGAGAAUAAAACUUGGAAAAGUUUAAAAGGGAGAAAGUGUUUGAUAGUUUUAGGACAUAUGUUCCUUACUUUUCUAAGUGACACAAACAUCCCUUGAGCAGGGAUGUACAAAAAUACUGUAAACACUUAUUUUAAUAUACUUUUAUUUUCAUAAUGGCUUUAUAUUAUUGCAUGUUUGCCAUAAAGUAUCGUGAAAGUGGGAAGUGCUACAGCACAGAUCUUGCACUUAAACCCUGCUGACUUAAGGGUGAGGUGCUCAUUGUAAUAAAUUAUAACUACAUCGUGCAUUUCUGGUGAAAUCUUCAUACAAGGUUUGACCUAUGAAUAGUAUCAACCAGAAGUACUAUUAAAGUGUUUUGUACCUUAUUUAUUUAUCAAUUAAUGUUUGUUACUUGUUGGAGCUGUAUGUAGAAAAAUAUAUUUGU